GAUGGAGGAUAAAGCCAUCUACAAGAAUCUCAUCGAUGAAACCAAGGCCCCACGGAAAAACUCCUCAUUACCUCCAUUGAAACUCCAGCUCACAGCCAUUCUUGUGGCUCUAGGUGGACCUUUCAAUUUUGGAUAUCAGUUGUUGAUUACGAAUCCGGCACAGGAAGCAUUCUUGCAAUUUUUGAACGAUUCUCACUAUCAGAACAAGAACGAGUAUUUGGAUCGAGAGCAAUUGGAAGGGAAGUGGUCGUUUAUUAUAUCAAUCUUCUUCUGGGGAUGCACUACAGGAGCGUUCCUAAUUCGUAGCUUGUCAGAAAAAUUUGGACGAAAAAAUGCAUUACAGAUCUCACAUGCACUACAGCUGGUAUCUUGUGGCUUAACGAUUUACUCCUACUUUGUAACAAAUGCUGCUAUUUACGCUAUAGCACGAUUUCUUCUGGGUUUGGCAAUAGCAAUAUCAUUGGGUACGGCUCCGAUGUUCAUCACCGAAUGCAGCCCCAAAGAAUGCCGUGGGGUGACAUCGCUCACGAAUGGUGUGGUGCUACAAUUGGCGCUGGUGUUUGGCGCCAUAACGGCGAUGCCACAGUUGCUUGGAACAGUUGAGCAUUGGUGGAAGCUCUAUGCAAUUGAGUUUGUCAUCACGCUAAUUGUUAUGGUGCUCAUCCCAUUCAUUCACGACAGCCCCGGAUUUUUGCAUUCUCGCGGUCUUGGAAAGGCCAGUCAGCGAUCACUAAGCUUCUAUCACAAUAUCGGAGGAGAGGAAUUGAGUUUGACUGUGAAACAGUUGGACGAGGAGAAUGGAGAUCGACAACAACUUGGCUUGAUAUCAUUGUGGAAGGAUCCAGCUGCUCGUCGAGGAACACUUGUCGGUAUAGUGGUCAUGCUUUCGAUGGCCAUGAGUGGCAUUGCAGCAAUCAAUGCAUUCGCCUUUGAAAUUCUUCUUUCCACUGGUCUUAGCAUUCUACAAGCAUCUAUCGGAAAUAUUGUGAUAUGCAUAAUGUCUGUGCUUGGCAUUAUAACGUCGUCCUUCAUUGUUGAUCGUUACGGUCGUCGAAUUCUCUUAUUAUCAACUUAUGGUCUUCUUGCUAUUGUUAAUAUUUUCAUAGCUGCCCUCAUGUUUGGUUUUGAACACGCAAAGAUCUCAGCCCUCGGAUAUCCCCUUCUUGCUACUAUUUGCGUAUUUAACUUUGUAUUCGCUGCCGGACCCGGUCCUGUGUCUCUGUUUUUGACUGGCGAACUGAUAGGACAGAAUGCUAGAGGAGCCGCAUGCACAUGGGUUAAUAUAUUCAUGUUCUCUCUACGAUCUCUUCUCAUUGCUAGCUACUUACCUCUCAAAAAUCUCAUUGGACAGCCUCUUUCCUACUUUCUACUGUUCUUUCCGCCUAUGGUACUUACCGUCUUCCUCCUCUAUUUCUUCCUUCCCGAGACCAAAGGGAAGACGGCCACUGAAGUAGAAGAAGAAUGGGAGCGUCUUCCUUGUCUACGGAAAACUCGGACAAACUCAAACUCGUCGAGUUUCCGAGCAGUUUGAGCCACUCCAUUUUUAGUGUAGUUACGACUAGACCCUCUGUGAUUCAUAGCUAGCAAGCAAUCACUUCCUUGAUUUUUAUAUAUUUCAAUGUUAUUGUUCCCCAGAUGAUACUUCAGUCCAAAAAAGAAAAUGAGCUUUUCAAAGUGUCAUUGUGUGUGUAUAUACGGGUAGUCAUAGCUGUGUUAGCGACGCAGAAUGCUUAGAAUUUGUGGUUGUUGUUGCGACGCGGUCGCGCCAAAGCCGUACACGCCAAAUGUAAACUGUUGC